CGAAUUGAAAGUGGAACUAGGGUUUUAGUUAUGAAGUGCAUCCAUAAAUACUCAGCCACCAGUAGCGUUCUCUUUCUCUGUGCCAAACCCCAAAGCUUCACAGCUUCUUCGUAGACAGAGGAGAAACUUGUGAUUUCUCUACCUAAGCAAAAUGGGUAUUUCUCGUGAUUCUAUGCACAAGAGACGUGCCACUGGAGGCAAGAAGAAGGCUUGGAGGAAGAAGAGAAAGUAUGAGCUUGGAAGGCAACCUGCUAACACCAAGCUGUCAAGCAACAAGACUGUUAGGAGGGUUAGGGUUAGAGGUGGAAAUGUCAAGUGGCGUGCCUUGAGGCUUGACACAGGAAACUACUCAUGGGGAAGUGAGGCAGUGACUCGUAAAACUAGAAUUCUGGAUGUGGUGUACAAUGCCUCUAACAAUGAAUUGGUCCGUACUCAAACCCUGGUUAAGAGUGCCAUUGUUCAGGUUGAUGCAGCUCCAUUCAAGCAGUGGUAUCUCCAGCACUAUGGUGUUGACAUUGGUCGCAAGAAGAAGGCUGCAGCUUCAGCCAAGAAAGAAACAGAGGAAGGUGAGGCUCCAGCUGCUACUGAAGAGACAAAGAAGAGCAACCAUGUUGUACGAAAGCUGGAGAAGCGUCAAAAUGAACGCAAGCUUGACUCACAUAUUGAAGAGCAAUUUGGUGGUGGUCGUUUGUUAGCUUGUAUCUCAUCACGACCUGGCCAGUGUGGUCGUGCUGAUGGAUACAUCUUGGAAGGCAGAGAGCUGGAGUUCUACAUGAAGAAAUUACAGAGGAAGAAGGGCAAGGGAGCUGGUGCUGCAUAAACCACUUCUUGCAGAUCAAUUUUUCCAGUUUCACCUUUGUGUUUUCUUUUUUAGAUAAACACUGAGCUUGAGAUGAUGAGUUGUUAGACUUGAUUUUUGAAACCUUGUUAUUGUUUAAUAUUUAAUUUUGGAAACUACCAGUUUUUCUUAGAGUUAAUGGCACUUGAAUUGUCCUUAAUCUGUAUGAGAUCAUUGAUUUUACA